CUAAGUUUUAACCUCUUGCAAAAGACAAAUGUCAAAAUCCAAUUUUGACAACUUUGAGAAUGUUACAAACUACAAAGCUUGAGAAACAGAGAAAUUCUUCCUACCAUUUGGGAAGGGAUUUUUUUCACCUUCUACUUGUCACUUCCCCUGAAUCAAAAAACGAAAGUUCAAAAAGAGUCUGGAGGACUGAAAAUGGCCACUACUAUGUUUCCAUCACCCAAAUCGCCAUUGUUACAGCCCCUUUUGCCUUCUUCCUCUACUCACAGCUCCACCGCCUCCUUAAUGAUUAUCAGAACAAUCCCAAUAGCUUAUAACCUUAGAAGAACCCAUCACCUCAAUACACCGUUUGCAUCCUUCAGAAACAGUAGCAUCCCACCAGAAUCCUCAGAGACAGGGGAAUGCCCAGUUCCUCAGGAGCAGCAACCCAUCAAUGAAUUCAAGUCCCUUUCCACUUCCUUCCCAUUUUCGUGGGCCUCAGCUGACCUCGUCGAGUACUGUUCACGCCUCUUUGUUACUGGUGCUGGAUUUUCACUGCUUGUGGGGGUUCCUGUUUCUUGGUUCGGGACAAUCGGACCCGAAUCCGACCCUAUCAAGGUGGUCACCGCCGGGGUUUCAAGUGGAAUCUUGGUGGCGACUCUUCUGGUGGUGAGGAUGUACUUGGGUUGGGCUUAUGUGGGCAACAGGUUACUCAGUGCCACUGUUGAAUAUGAAGAGACAGGGUGGUAUGAUGGGCAGAUGUGGGUGAAGACUGCAGAAGUUUUGGCUCGCGAUCGACUGUUGGGUUCAUUUUCCGUAAAGCCUGUGCUCAAUAGAUUAAAGAACACCCUGGUGACACUAGCCAUAUCGUUAGUCAUAUGCGUACUCGUAUUCUUGAACGCGGAAACCAGCCACAAGGAUGCUGCAUACAUGACUUCCGAGGAAUCCGGUGGUAGAGCUGUGCCUGGAGCUUACAAUGAUGAGUCAGCUAGAACUUUUGAGCCCGAUGCAUUCUGUGGCGAGCCGGCCAUUAUCUGAUGGUGAUAAGAUCCUGUUAGUACAUAUACAUGUAUAUAUAUUCAUUAUGUCUCCAUUGCAGAUCUUUACAGUGUUGUUGUAAUGGGAAUUAGGGAGCCCUUUUAAUCUCUCUAGAUCAUUUUCCUUUUUUUUUUUUUUGUUUUUUCCGUGAAUAACAGAAGUGAUACAGGAACUUUGUAGUUGUAUAUGGAAACUGCUCUAUUAGACAAGUAAAACUUUUCUAUAUAUAACAUGAACAACUCUCUGAUCUGUAUGACAGGUAAUUUAUUUCGAUCUUUAAAAUUUGUAACAAAAUAUAAGGAAAAAGAAACAAAGAGAAUGAAGGAAUAUGUUUUUCCUUUUUAAAUCUCCCUACUAUUCAUUUUAAUGGAAAAUUUGAACUAUCACUACACAGAAGUCAUCCUUGUUAUGCAGCAUCACUUUUUCUUUUUUUUUCCUGAAAUCUUUUAGGCUAUCCAUGACUUAAUGCUUCUGUCCAAUGCUUUCUUUCCAAUUGUCUCUGGCCAUCAUCAGUCCAUCAUCGAUUUUUAAUCAAAGUUUCAAUUUUUAUUUGAGAAAUAAGACUAACUUAUUCCUAGUUGUAUUAAACAUGUGCCAAUUUGCACACAAUAAUGGUAGAAAAGGACAUUGGGAUAAGAACUU